UCCAAAAUGGCGGCAGUUGCUUUGCUAAGCUGGCUCGGGAUAAAAACACGGUCAGAGCCCGAGCGCUGGAGCGGCCGGCAGCGGGAGAGAAGUUACCGCUUCUCCUGCUCCGCUUUUCCCCUGAUUACACUGAAUAAACGGCAGGUGAUUCCGGAGCUGUCCGUCACCCACCAUGAAGAUCUCUGAUUGCAAACUGAGCACGGUCCGUGUUCUUCUAUAAGCUGCCCGUAUUCUCUGAACCAUGCCUGAAGAUUAGAGCACCUCUCCUUGCCAAAUACCAUUUAAAAAAAUCUACAUGACCCUCCAUGUAGACCUCCCCUUGUCCGUCCCACUGGAGUGAAACCCCCUUAGUCUUGACUCCUUCCCUUCCCACUGAGACCAUCCUUCGUCAGCCUCUUGAAGACAAACCGGGACAAUGUCCCUGCAUUUGAAAAUGGCUCCUACAUAAGACCCUUCAGUCCCAUGCGUCCUGUAAGCGGAGAUUCGUCCGGUGCUUCCCCUCCCGAGAGUGUGUCGUUGCUGGGCUCUCUUUCCCCGUCCGAUAUGUCCCUGCUGCAGUCCCUGGGCCCAGUGCAGAGCUGGCUGGGCCAGGAGCUGGAGAAAUGUGGCAUAGACGCCAUGAUCUACACCCGAUACGUCCUCAGCCUCCUGCUGCACGACAGCUACGACUACGAUCUGCAGGACCAGGAGAACGACAUCUUCCUGGGUUGGGAGAAGGGAGCUGGCAAAAAGUGGGGGAAGAGCAGGAGGAAGGGAGGGACAGACCUGAGUCUGGAGGAGAUGAAGAAGCAGGCCGCUGUGCAAUGCCUGCGCUCUGCUUCUGAUGAAAACUCUGCAGUCGAAAGUUUGGUUGAGGAGCUUUGCUCCAAGCUCAAGGACAUUCAGAAAAAACAAAAAGAAAAAGAAAAACAAACAAUUAAGAAGUCAGAUGAAUCCCGAUCUCCUGAAUUGGCUGAAUCACCUUCUUCUAAAGACCAGGUGGAAAUGUACUAUGAAGCCUUUCCACCUCUAUCAGAAAAACCUGUUUGUCUCCAAGAGAUUAUGACCGUGUGGAACAAGGCUAAAGCGAGUGCAAAUUCCAGCUCCUCAUCUGCUGCCCCUCAAACAAGCACGGACACCUCCUCACCAAAAGACUGCACCAGCGAGGGUGAAGUCUUCAAGGAUAAAGCACCCGACCAAAGUGCAUUGGUCACCACCACCACCACCACCACUACCAACGAGAAGGCUCAGCACCGACGCAGCAAGAAAGAAAAAGAGAACCGAUACCACGGGGGUGCUUCUGGGGCUUGCAGCGACCAGGUCGUUUCUCAAAACAAAAGGCACGCCAGACAUCGAUCUGAUUUGGGGCACCGUCCCCGGUCCUGGUCCUCUGGCUCCAGCGAGGGCGGCUCAAGCUCCAGUGGUAACCAGGGUGACACAAAGACCUGUAAAGGAGCUCGGAUCAGACACAGGUCUCGCGAGGUUAGCAGCAGAAACAAAAAAGGGCGACAGCAUGGGCAAGUCAAACUAGCCCUGAAGGCUAUUGACAAAGAAGAGCGCAGAAACACAGGUAGCAGUUGCAGUGCCUCCGAAGGCCCUUUGAAGCACCAACAGCACUACACGAAAAAAGGCAAAAAGCCCUUAAGGGAGCUUCGGAAAGAUCCCAGCUGGGUUGAGUUGAAAGAGUCUGGAGGUGAAGCCAAUAACAACAGGGAAUAUAUGGAAGAACCCCUUUGGUACACCGAACCCAUAUCGGAGUAUUUUGUCCCGUUCAGCUGGAGUAAACUGGAGACAAAGUAUCGAAGCAAACCAGAUUCCCCCAAUGACCUAGCUACGUCCAUUGAUGUGGACAGUCUGUCGGAGCAGGUACAAGGGAUCUGCAUCGCCAACACUUCGUUUCAAAGGGCGUACCUUGCAGCAGGUACUUUCGUGGAUGGGCACUUUGUUGAAGUGUCCAGUGAGGGAAACGAGGAGGCCACUGAACUGAAUGGGACCUCAAGCUGCCCUCUUCCUGAGGAUGGUAAAGAUUUAGAUGAUGAGCAUCUGUCUGAAUUCACUCACUUCUAUGAAGUUGAUAUAUAUCAAUCCAUAUUGGAUCCCAGUGCCUCAGAUGCAGUACAAGAAAGUCGAAUCUUAAACAUGAUUCGGCAAAAGAGCAAUGAGCCAAGAGACAUUGAGGCAGGGUGUUGUGUAGAUUUAGAUGGCUUUGAACUGCAGGGGGAAAGUGCAAUAAAGGCAGAUUCUUUGGGAGCUUCGGGAGAUGAUGUGAUUCUUACGCAGGACAUGGAAAACAUCGCUCACAUGUGGGAGUGCUGCUCAUCAUCUAGUUCUGAGGAAUUGGAAGGAGAAAGCUGUGCAGGUGACUCUCCAGUUAGGCUCUCCCCACCGUUGGGCAGCGUGCCGUUUCACAUGAGCGGGUUGUCGGGCACAUUUGGAGAGCCUCCUAUCCAAGAUGUCAGUGGGAGCACGUCGGCCCUAGACUCCUGUUUCUCGCUCUUUGAGGUGCAGUGCGAUAGCUCUGCUUUCCCCUUUUCCUGCGACUCGCUUACAUCCAGUCGCGAAAACGUAGAUUCAAGUAGCUGUCUGGAUCCCCAUGCAAACAAACAGUCUCGCUUGCUAAUUUGGACCAAAAAUAGUGCCUUUGAUGAGAACGAACACUGCUCUAACCUGUCGACGAGAACAUGCAGUCCGUGGUCCCACUCGGAGGAGACGCGCUCAGACAUUGAGCAAGUCGCUGGCCAAGCAGAUGAGUCUUCUCAGUUUGGCAGUGAGGACGUUGGCUGCAUAAUUCCUCCUGUUCCAACUUCAUACCUGGAGGAGGAGUUUUUGGAUUUCUUGCAGGAGAGCCCGAGUCACCAGCAAGAUGAAAUGAGUGCAGGCAUAAUGUCCAAUCAGACCUUCAACAAGGUAUCUAAACUGGAGUCUGUUUGUGGAAUAGCAUUAGAGCAGGACGAGAGCAAACAGUACAGCGCCGUUUUGUUUCCGGAAGACACCAACCAACAAAAUGAUGAUUAUAGCUCAGGAAUAAUAAAAGAUAUUUGGAUGGCUGUUGGAGACCGAGAUUGUGUUUUAGCUCUUGAAGUGGAGAAAGCAGACGAUGACUUGUUUUCGGAGGAGACGCCCAGCUGUCAGUGUGGCUGUCUUGACGGUGAGGCGAAGGAGCCCAUCGAAAAGAAGGCUGUACAGCGUUCAGAGUACCAUCUGUGGAAGGGUCAGAAGGAGGACCAAGGCCUGGCCAAAAAUAAGGUCUCCAAGGUGGACGGAGGGGACUAUGCAACACCUGCCAGGCCUUGGGAUGUUGAUUCGGAGAGGGACAAUACAUCAUUUAUUCUUGGAGGAGUGUACGGAGAACUAAAGACCCUAAGCGGUGACAAGGAAUGGACUGUGGUUCCACCCAUCAACACCUGCGGGAGCCUGCUGCAGUGUGCAUCGGCUUCCUCAUCUGAUGUGGUAACCAUUGCAGGCACGGAUGUGUUCAUGAAUACAGGCAGUUGCUUUGCUCCUGGUCAUAAGCCCCUGUGGCGACCUUUGGUGUCCUUUGGACAGAACGGUCAGGCUACCAAAGGGUCAGGGGAAAGACUGAAUAAGGGAUUUUCUGUUAUCUUCCAUGAAGAUUUACUUGGAUCCUGUGGAGGCUAUUGUGGAGAGCAGCAAGGACUUGAUUACCCAUUUUCAUCUUUCGAUCUCAAUAACCCUUUUUCCCAGGUCCUGCAUGUGGAAUGCUCCUUUGAACCAGAAGACAUGGCCUCGUUCAGCCCAGGAUUCAAGCCAAAGUCCAUAUUGUGCUCAAACUCUGACAAUGAGCCAUUCAGUCCAAGGCUAUAUGGCAUCAACCGCACUCAGUACCGGGCCAUCCGCAUAUCCCCGAGGACUCACUUCCGGCCGAUAUCAGCCUCUGAACUUUCUCCUGGCUGGUGUAGCGUAUCGGAUGGGGAGUCUGAAAAGGAGGAAAUGAGUCUUCCCAUUCCUGGUCAGACUGACCUCUUUGAUGACCCACAGGCAGACCUCAAACCCCUGGAAGAAGACGCAGAGUGCGAAGGCCCUUACUACGGAAAGUCUGAACUGGAAUCUGGUAAAUUUUUACCCAGAUUAAAGAAGUCGGGCAUGGAGAAGAGUGCCCAGACGUCACUCGAUUCCCAGGAAGGUGGGGGUACGACUCUGACAACUGUCGAGCAGGAGAUUUGCUUAGACUGCGAAAUCGCAGGAAAAUCCUCAGCAGCAGUGUCAGCUGUGAGCUCUCACGCAGAGGCGCCUGUGGAUACGCUUCAGAAAGAGGAGUCCUGCGUAGAACGGGAGGCUUGUAAGUGUGUUGGAGCAAACCAGCUUCUGGAAUUUGGGAAAUCAUACGAUGUGGUUCAAGAUUUGCAUGAGCUUCCGCUGCUGAGUUUUGGGGAGCGGAGUGUGACGAGUAGCCAGCGUGAGGAUUGCUGGUGGCAGAAUACGCUUUGUUCCUCCAUGUUUUCAGGAUCUCGAUGCACAGAAAGCAGUAACAUAUGAGUCUGCUGCGGCUGCUGAGCGCAGAGGCAUGGUAAAGCAGAACCGAGCUGAAACGCUUCAGAACCUCAGCUCUUUUCUCCUUCCGCAUUAAACCGAGGACGAGGAUGAAGAUGAGGAUGAGGAGCAGCUUCAUCAGAACAGAACAUCAAAACCUCUAUUAAUCUUUAAGUUUGAUCCCCCUGCCCCUGCCCCUGCCCCUGCCCCUCCUCUCACCCCAACCCUCUGUAGUCAGUACCAUCUAUUAGAAACUUAACCGAAGGGGAGGUGUGUGUGUGUGUGUGUCCGAGUGUGUGUGUGUGUGUGUGUGUGUGUGUGUGUGUGUGUGUGUGUGUGUGUGUCCGAGUGUGUGUGUGGGCGGGCAUUCGUUCUGGAUCUGUUUGAAGUGUGUGUAUUAAUCAGCUUUGACAAAGUCAUGUAGGUGUUAAUGAUCCUUCGUUGAGUCAGGUGAUCUUUACUUGAGCCUCAUCUAAUUUUUUUUUUUUUUUUCCCCCCCUCUUUUUUUUUUUUGGCGCUCUAGCAUAGAG